GUAAGUCCUGACUAAUACCUCUACCUGAAAAUCGAAACCAAAUAAACAACAAUUGAAAAAUUCUAAGUAGGACCUACCUUUCCCUUCGUUCUUGAUGAAAGAACAAAAAGAUGCCCGCGUCCUCUCGCGUGACUCGCCUUCUCUUGGCCCUCUCUCCAAGCGCGGUCCAAGCAGCACUACUGGCACCAUUUUUGCAGAACAACAAUGUGGAGUUAAGAGACGCGAAGAGGUGGAAGGACUUCUCGACAUGCCCAAGCGCAACCGAACACAUCAUGGAUGACGAUUCCAGUACCUACUGCCGCAUCGCUUUAGAGUUACGGUUAGUUUAUCACUAUCCCAUGUAAACUCACUGCGCCGACUUCUGGGGUCUCCCUUGACUUAUAGUUAAACUUCUGGGGUCUCCCUUGACUUCUACAUAGUUAAAAAAAGAAGAAAAAUACAGAGGUGGGAGAGAGAUAGGGGAACACACGCAACGUCAACCACCAGGCAUAGUGCUGAAGUAGAACUAGCGUUAAUAGAGGAGUGCCAAUGUAGAGAGGAGGAAUUGAAAGCGAAGAAACAGGAAUUGUGCGGACCGUUCGUGAGGGAUUUGUCGUUGGUGACGAAGGAUGCGGGGACCUGUAUUGGGAAAGUGCAAUUGGCGACAGAGAGGAAACAAGGUACCACUAAAACUUGGUGUAAGCUCCAAUGGAAACGUGUUCAUCUUCGUUUAUUUUUACGCAAGAGUCCUACUUGUUUUAGAUAGGUGAAGGAUAUGAUCCUUAUGUUCAACUUCAAAAUCAAACUCGAGCACUACUUCUUUUCUUUCGAGCACUACAACCUCAACGACCUCCCUUGCCCUUCAGACUGCGUCCGUGCCAACCAGGACGCUGAAAAGUUGCACAGAAAACAGAUGGUCGAAGAUGUCAUGAAGGAAAGAGGCUUGUCUCUUGUAUCGGAAGAUGGUGUAGUAGCUGGUGAAGUUGGGAUCAACAAAGUAAAUGGUAUUGAAACGGAUGCCACAGAGUUUGAAGGCCUCUGCAUAGACGUGGACUUUGAAGAGCGAUGCGGACUUGCUAGAGGAGAAAGCGAGACGAGCGAGAAAACGUUAUGUUCAAGUCUUCGAUGAGAACUAGAAGAAGAAGAACGAGCAAAACUCAUAGAUUCGAUUUUUAUUUCAUGAACCCUCUUUCUUCACCCUCUGCUAACCCUGGCUCUGCAUUCUCCUCAUGUUUUCCCCUCACCCUCCUCUAACCUUCGACAUGUACAAAGCUUUGUGCACACCAGGACACUGCGGACGACGGAUUGGCUUUCUAUUCAAGGAGAUCGAGCGAAUCGAGAGUGCCUUAGAGCUCUAUCGAAUCGUAGACGAAUCGGCAAUGAAAUAUGGGACUUGCUAGACGAGACUGAAGCGAAUUACCAUUACUAGAAAGAGGACACGUGGGGUGGAAGGCUGAACAUCACUUAGAACCACACGACUGAUGUUUUCCAACAAUAAUCUGCGUCAUGGACAACAGCAGUUGAUGUGAAUUGUUUUUUCCGAAAAUCUUUCUUUAUUUCUCGAGAGAAAAUGUAGUAAAAUCAGUAAAUCAUCCCUACUCUCAGACUCAGAGACGCAGCUCGCGACGACCGACACUUCUCGUACUAGCACAAAAGGCGAAAGAAAUUGAAAUGGCGAAGACAGUCUUUAUUCUUUUGAUACCAAG